AUGGAACUUAAAAGAAGAAAAACCAAGAAAUAUACUUUCAAGAGUUUAGAGGUGGAAGAAUUAAGAAAGCUAGGAUCUUUGAUUGUUGAUCAAGAUAAGUUUUAUAUCAAGUAUGGAAGAUUGUUGUAUCUCCUCAAAACCAAGAUGGAAGAAGGAAUCGUCUCCACUUUGUUCCAUUUUUAUGACUCAUUGUAUCAUUGCUUCACCUUCCCUGAUUAUCAACUAUUGCCUACCUUGGAAGAGUAUUCAAGCAUUAUUGGGUUACCUAUUACCGGAAGAGUUCCUUUCACUGGUUUAGAACAAGAUCCCAAUAAUUGUGAGAUUGAAAAAUCUACUCACUUGAGAAAAGGAGAAAUUAAAAAGAACAUGGUUACUAAAGGAGGAUUACCUGGGUUACCUGCUGAGUUCUUAAUUGAAAAAGCUCUCACCUUGUCACAAGAAAGAAAGGAAGAAGACUUUGAAGCUGUUUUUGCCUUGUUGGUGUAUGGAUUGUUCUUGUUCCCUAACAUUAACAACUUUGUUGAUAUGAAUGCCAUCAAGAUCUUUAUGAAGAAGAAUCUUGUUCCUACCUUACUUGGGGAAACUUACUAUUCUAUUCAUCUCAGAAAUUCCUAUGGAAAGGAAAUGGUUACCUGUUGUACUCCUUUGUUAUACAAGUGGUACAUAUCUCAUCUGCCUGACACCUCUGAAUUCUGGAGCCAGAAAGAAGGAUUGCAAUGGUCACACAAGAUUAUGACUCUUACCAACACUGAGAUUGUUGGGACAAACAAUCACUUUUAUAGAAUGAAGACUUUGGAUUACUGUGGUGAUUUUCCUAAUCUACCCCUCGUUGGUACAAAAGGAGCAAUCAGCUAUAGCCCCGUGUUAGCUCGUCAUCAAUUUGGGUUUCCCAUAGAAAAAAGACCAAGGAGAAAUUUAUUGGAGGGAUUCUUUCUAGAAGAAAGAGUUAAGAACAAGGAGUUUAGAGUAAGGAUUGCUAAUGCUUAG